GAACCUGCAACCAUGUGUUUGCUUACUGAUGUCCUGGGGAAUGAAAUGUCACACUGUUGGGCCUAAAGCAUGAGAGUGUGAGUGUGUGUGUCAGCUCUGGGUUCCUGGUGUUGGACUUUUCUGGGAGUAAAAUGUGCCUUUCCAUCUGAGGGCAAAGUAAGUCUUUCAUUCCUCUGCAUUCAGGAUAUUUGGGUUGGGGCCACAGGACCACUGUGUGAGCCAUGUCUUGCCUCCUACGCUGCGUCUCCUGCACCUCUGUGCCCUUGGUUUACCGAGCUGCACUAAAAAAGUCACCUGGGAAAAGGUACUUUCAAACCUGUGCUAUUCUAUGGAACCAACAGGCUCCCAAAGGUGUGCGUUAUAAAGAUGUCAUGGUGGGCGUGCCCAAGGAGAUCUUCAAGACUGAGAAGAGAGUGGCCCUUUCCCCUGCCGGAGUGGAGGCCCUGGUCAAGCAGGGCUUUAAUGUCCAGGUGGAGAGCGGCGCCGGAGACGAAUCCAAGUUCUCCAAUGAUCAGUACCAACAGGCAGGGGCCAAAAUUACCGACACCAAGGGCGCCUUCAACUCAGACCUGGUUCUGAAGGUGCGAGCGCCGACCUUCAGCGAGGCUUUGGGCAAGCAUGAGGCCGAGCUGCUGAAGCCCAAGUCCACCCUGGUGAGCUUCAUCUACCCCGCCCAGAACCCUGAGCUUAUGGACAAGCUGGCCAAGCAGCAGUGCACCGUCCUGGCCAUGGACCAGGUCCCCCGAGUGACUAUCGCCCAGGGUUACGACGCCCUGAGCUCCAUGGCCAACAUCGCAGGGUACAAGGCCGUGGUCCUCGCUGCCAACCACUUUGGAAGAUUCUUCACCGGCCAGAUUACCGCAGCUGGGAAAGUACCUCCAGCUAAGGUGCUUGUUAUUGGUGGUGGCGUAGCAGGAUUGGCUGCAGCAGGAGCAGCCAAAUCAAUGGGGGCCAUUGUGAGAGGGUUUGACACAAGACCAGCAGCACUGGAGCAGUUCAGGUCCUUUGGGGCAGAAGCUUUGGAAGUGAAUAUCAAAGAGUCAGGAGAAGGAGUUGGGGGUUAUGCCAAGGAGAUGUCUAAAGAGUUCAUAGAGGCCGAGAUGGAGCUGUUUGCCAAGCAGUGCAAGGAGGUGGACAUCGUUAUCACUACUGCUCUUAUUCCAGGAAAGAGGGCUCCCAUCCUGAUUAAGACGCCGAUGGUGGAGUCCAUGAAGGAUGGCUCUGUGGUGGUGGAUUUGGCCGCUGAAGCCGGAGGGAACAUUGAGACGAUUAAACCCGGAGAACUCUAUGUGCACAAAGGGGUGACAAACAUUGGAUUCACAGAUCUCCCUAGCAGAAUGUCCACACAAGCCAGCUCACUGUACUCCAACAACAUUCUGAAGCUACUGAAAGCUAUUAGCCCUGAUAAGGAGUACUUCCACUUUGAACCUGUGGACGACUUUGAUUACGGAACACUUGACCAUGUCAUCCGUGGCACCACGGUGAUGAAGCAAGGCAAGAACAUUUUCCCAUCGCCAUUACCAAAGACUGUCCCUCCACCUCCCCCGGCUAAGAUAAAGUCUGUAGCCGAGCUGGAAAAGGAGAAAAAGGCAACAGUCUCCCCUUUUAACCGCACCAUGACCUCCGCAGGCAUCUACACAGCAGGGGUGUCCACUGUCCUUGGUCUGGGUCUUGUCGCACCCAGCGCUGCUUUCACCCAGAUGGUCACCACUUUUGGACUGGCAGGAAUUGUUGGCUAUCACACGGUGUGGGGCGUCACCCCAGCCUUACACUCACCUCUCAUGUCUGUCACCAAUGCCAUCUCAGGCCUGACUGCUGUGGGUGGCUUAGUGUUGAUGGGUGGAGGUCUCACACCAUCAUCUCUCCCUGAAAGUCUGGCACUGGCAGCUGCGUUUGUGUCAUCUAUCAACAUUGCAGGCGGUUUCCUCAUCACAAAGAGAAUGUUGGACAUGUUUAAGCGGCCCACAGACCCCCCGGAGUAUAACUACCUGUAUGGAAUCCCUGGAGCUCUCUUUGUGGGGGGAUAUGGAGCAUCUGUAGCCAGUGGCUACCACAUAGAACAGAUGAUGUACCUUGGCUCGGGCCUGUGCUGUGUCGGAGCCCUGGCCGGCCUGUCUGCCCAGGGCACCAGUCGCUUGGGCAACACCCUGGGCAUGAUGGGGGUGGCUGGGGGCAUCGCUGCCACCCUGGGUGCACUCAAGCCCUCCCCUGAGCUGCUGUCACAGAUGUCUCUGGCCAUGGCAAGCGGAGGCACCAUAGGAUUGACCAUCGCCAAGAAAAUUGAGAUCAGUGAUCUACCUCAGUUGGUGGCAGCCUUCCAUAGCCUUGUAGGGUUGGCAGCAGUGCUCACCUGCGUUGCUGAGUACAUGAUUGAGUAUCCCCACCUCGACGCCCAUCCUGCUGCCAAUAUGGUGAAGACCGUUGCCUAUCUUGGCACCUACAUUGGUGGUGUCACCUUCAGUGGUUCCCUGGUUGCUUAUGGAAAGCUUCAAGGUGUUCUUGACUCGGCACCCCUGAUGCUCCCUGGCCGCCACAUGAUGAACGCUGGCCUCAUGGCUGCCUCGGUCGGAGGCAUGGUGCCCUUCAUGCUGACUGACAGCUACGGUACAGGCAUGGGCUGCCUGCUGGGGGUCUCUGGCCUCUCCACCGUCAUGGGCGUCACACUGACUGCAGCCAUCGGGGGUGCAGACAUGCCUGUGGUCAUCACCGUGCUGAACAGCUACUCUGGCUGGGCCCUGUGUGCCGAGGGCUUCUUGCUGGACAACAACCUCAUGACCAUCGUUGGCGCACUGAUUGGCUCGUCCGGUGCCAUCCUGUCUUAUAUCAUGUGUGUGGCCAUGAACCGCUCCCUUCCUAAUGUUAUUUUGGGUGGCUAUGGCACUUCAUCCACUGCUGGUGGGAAACCCAUGGAGAUUGUAGGCACCCACACUGAAGUUAACUUGGACCAGUCCAUUGAAAUGAUAAGGGAGGCGAACAGCAUUAUUAUCACUCCUGGUUGGGGUCUUUGUGCAGCCAAGGCCCAGUAUCCCAUUGCUGACAUGGUGAAGAUGCUCUGUGAGCAGGGCAAGUCAGUCAGAUUUGGAAUCCACCCUGUGGCUGGCCGCAUGCCUGGUCAGCUGAAUGUCCUUUUGGCUGAGGCUGGAGUUCCUUAUGAUAUUGUGCUGGAAAUGGAUGAGAUCAAUGAGGACUUCCCAGAGACUGAUUUGACUCUUGUCAUCGGAGCCAACGACACUGUAAACUCUGCGGCCCAAGAGGACCCAAAUUCCAUAAUUGCUGGAAUGCCUGUGCUGGAGGUCUGGAAGUCAAAGCAGGUGAUUGUGAUGAAGCGUACUCUUGGUGUGGGCUACGCUGCAGUGGACAACCCCAUAUUCUACAAACCCAAUACAUCCAUGCUGCUGGGAGAUGCCAAGAAAACAUGUGAUAGCUUACAGGGUAAAAUUAGAGAAGCUUUCUAUUAGCUCCAGCAUAUAGCUCCAGUACUAUGUGUAUUUAUUAAUUGAUCUUGUCCAUAUCCAAUUGAUGAAUGUAUGAUUGUUGUAUUUCAAUUCCAUGGCAUAGAGUUAUUGUGCAUUCAAACCCAGAGCUAAUCAUUAGUCUGAUAAAGUAAGUACAUCUUGCAAGAGUAUAAAA